AUGUUGUCAAUAAUUGGUGCUAAUUUGUUUUCCAGGACGGGCGCGAUUGGCGGUAAUAAACUGAGUUUGGCAAUCGAUAUUAAUGGCGGUGACCAAGUAUUCAGCAAUGGCGAUUUUAUCACUGGUCUUUUGACCCUCAACGUCGCUAGCAAGAUCAAUUUCUCUGAGGUGGUAGUAUACCUUCAUGGAGUGGUCGAGGCCCAACAUGAUUACUCAGAAUCCAACAGAAGAGACUCAUUCAAUUACAGCAAAGUUAGAGUCUUUCCAACCGACCAGCUCGAUGUUUCCAGACUUUAUACCCUCACUGAAGGGAUCUACACUUAUCCAUUCAGUAUUGCUUAUCCAUUGGCAUCCAAAAACGAAUUUCUUCCACCAACUUUCGAAUGGAGCCGCAAGGGUGAUUUCGCCAGGGUGUACUACACCGUGUCUGCGGAAAUCGUCCAACCUUCGAUGUUUAAGUCGAACAUUUGGGCGUCACAUGAAAUUAAAUUCAUUCCAGAAAAUACUUAUCUUGCCGAAUCACAUUUCUCUAACCAUCUUUGUUAUCAAUUCAGCCGGGUCCCAGUGGAGAACACCACGUUCAUCGAAAGCAAAAUCAAGUUCCAAAACCAAAAUCUGUUGGAAAGAAAAUUUCUUAAAAGAAUGAUGAAUUCUUCGACCACCGCGGUGCCAAUCCUUCUUCUGUGUCAGUUCAAACCUCAUAUGAUGCGUCAUUUCACCGGGGGUCAAUCUAAUCGGUUCAUACAGGCAGGAACCAACCUCCCAGAAGCGUUGGACCUUCGACUUAUUUCCCCAUUAUCUCCUAUCAGCAUCAAGGCGUUACUCCAAAAGAAUCUUUCCCAAAGAGAUCAACAUCAACACCAGCCAUUACUCAGCCCAGAAAAUAUCGUGUUCAAUAGAAUUGUGAUCACCCUUCAUCAAAGCAUCGUGUAUCGUCAUUUGGGAACAACCCUUGCCAAUAACAAGCUCGUUCUUCUUGAUAAAACAUUGGAGCAUAAAGCGUGUGAUCCAGAAACCGAUCUUUCUCCAGUUCCAUCAUCUACAGUGAAACUCUCGGCUAAGCUGAUAAGGUCCUACGGAUCGCAUUUGGAUGAUGAGUGUUACCAAUUCGCCUUGCCGCACGAAUGGUACAACGUGCCAAUCCCAAGAUGCCCACCAUCGUUUGUUCAAGGGGCAGUGGAAGUGAAGUACCAUCUAGGGAUUAAUCUUACCAUCAGCAGUUCUGGGAAUCUUGAUAAAUCCAUCAGUUUAAAAAACCAAACCCCGAUCGUGGUGUUGCAUAAUCAAGACGAGCGUGAUUUGGAUGUUGAUGAUGAUGAAGAAGAAGACGAUGAUUCAUCAAUAGUGUUCAGCAAUACCAGUACUGAUAGAAAAACCGUUGUUGAUCACCAAAUGAGUAUCGGUAAAGGAGACGUAUUGACGGAUUUGGAAAGCACUGUUCUGUCGCGGAUGCCAUCGUCAUUAUCCCGUUCCAGUGGUGAAUGUUCUACCCUGCCUUUUGUUAUUGUUCUUUGA